AUGACGUCUUCGCUACCAUUUGCAGACCCCCUGUGGCUCAACCGCGGCUUUAGUCCAUAUUACGAUGAGUCCCAUCGUCGACUUCAGAAAGAGGUCCGCGAGUAUGUUGACACUUACAUUUCUCCAUAUUGCGAAGAAUGGGAGAAGCAGGGUUCUGUACCUCAAGAGGCUCUGAACCGACAUUCAGAAUUAGGAUACACAGCAGUCGCAUCAUUCCCGCUAGCCGCAAAUUAUCUCAAUGGCCAGCGACUUCCUGGCAACAUUAAACCCGAGGAUUGGAAUGGGUUCCAUGACUUGGUCGUCAUUGAUGAAAUCGCGCGAUGCGGCUAUCUGGGUAUUAUCUGGGCACUGGGGUGUGGAAACUCCAUCGGUGGUCCACCGGUUAUCAACUUUGGGAAUGAGGAGCAGAAGCGAAGGUUUCUUCCAGACAUGCUGACCGGAAAGAAAAGAUUCUGUCUUGGUGUGACAGAGCCUGACGCCGGGUCGGACGUCGCAGGAAUCACCACGACGGCAGAAAGAAAAGGAGAUGUCUAUAUUGUCAACGGUGCAAAGAAAUGGAUUACUAAUGGGAUAUUUGCUGAUUAUUGUACUGCUGCGGUGCGGACAGGAGGAGAAGGCACCCAUGGUAUAUCAGCACUGGUCGUUCCUUUGAAAGCUCCAGGUGUCACCUGCAAGAAGAUUGACAAUUCUGGUGUUCAUGCAAGUGGCUCGACAUAUAUCGAAUUUGACCAGGUAGAAGUACCCGUGGCGAAUCUUCUAGGGCAAGAGAACAAAGGAUUCCCGAUCAUCAUGAAUAACUUCAAUCACGAACGACUAUGGCUGGCUUGCACCAGUCUUCGCAUGGCGCGAGUGUGUGCCGAAGACGCGUAUCAGCACGCCAUCAAACGUGAGACGUUUGGCAAAAAGCUCAUCGAGAACCAGAUGAUCCGCUCCAAGUUCAGUGCUAUGGGCCGUAGCCUCGACUCCACAUAUGCUUGGAUGGAACAGCUGGUGUAUAUAUCGGAAGUUGCCAAAAGGAAAGGCACCGAUGCCAGGAUGGGUGGACUGUUUGCAAACUUGAAGGUGCUUGCUGGACAAACGUUGGAGAUGGUCAACCGGGAGGCACAACAAGUUAUGGGUGGAUUGGGGUACUCGAAGAAUGGACGGGGCGCUCGCAUUGAGCAGAUCAGUCGAGACGUACGAGUGAUGGUGGUAGGAGGGGGUAGCGAAGAGAUUCUGUCUGAUCUUGCUGUGAACCAGGAGAUCAAAGCGAUGGAGAGAUUGAGUAGACUUUAA